ACGCACUAAGCCCAAGCAGCCGGUGAUGGCGGCAGCAGCGGCGGUGGUUGCGGCGGGUCCGGGCCCAUGAGGCGACGACGGAGGCGGGACGGCUUUUACCCAGCGCCGGACUUCCGAGACAGGGAAGCUGAGGACAUGGCAGGAGUGUUUGACAUAGACCUGGACCAGCCAGAGGACGCGGGCUCUGAGGAUGAGCUGGAGGAGGGGGGUCAGUUAAAUGAAAGCAUGGACCAUGGGGGAGUUGGACCAUAUGAACUUGGCAUGGAACAUUGUGAGAAAUUUGAAAUUUCGGAAACUAGUGUGAACAGAGGGCCAGAAAAAAUCAGACCAGAAUGUUUCGAGCUACUUCGGGUACUUGGUAAAGGGGGCUAUGGAAAGGUUUUUCAAGUACGGAAAGUAACAGGAGCAAAUACUGGGAAAAUAUUUGCCAUGAAGGUGCUUAAAAAGGCAAUGAUAGUAAGAAAUGCUAAAGAUACAGCUCAUACAAAAGCAGAACGGAAUAUUCUGGAGGAAGUAAAGCAUCCCUUCAUUGUGGAUUUAAUUUAUGCCUUUCAGACCGGUGGAAAACUCUACCUCAUCCUUGAGUAUCUCAGCGGAGGAGAAUUAUUUAUGCAGUUAGAAAGAGAAGGAAUAUUUAUGGAAGACACAGCCUGCUUUUACUUGGCAGAAAUCUCCAUGGCUUUGGGGCAUUUACAUCAAAAGGGGAUCAUCUACAGAGACCUGAAGCCGGAGAAUAUCAUGCUAAAUCACCAAGGUCAUGUGAAACUAACAGACUUUGGACUAUGCAAGGAAUCUAUUCAUGAUGGAACAGUCACACACACAUUUUGUGGAACAAUAGAAUACAUGGCCCCUGAAAUCUUGAUGAGAAGUGGCCAUAAUCGUGCUGUGGAUUGGUGGAGUUUGGGAGCAUUAAUGUAUGACAUGCUGACUGGAGCACCCCCGUUCACUGGGGAGAAUAGAAAGAAAACAAUUGACAAAAUCCUCAAAUGUAAACUCAAUUUGCCUCCCUACCUCACACAAGAAGCCAGAGAUCUGCUUAAAAAGCUGCUGAAAAGAAAUGCUGCUUCUCGUCUUGGAGCUGGUCCUGGGGAUGCUGGAGAAGUUCAAGCUCAUCCAUUCUUCAGGCAUAUUAAUUGGGAAGAACUGCUGGCUAGGAAGGUGGAACCCCCUUUUAAACCUCUGUUGCAAUCUGAGGAGGAUGUGAGUCAGUUUGAUUCAAAGUUUACACGUCAGACACCUGUUGACAGCCCAGAUGACUCAACUCUCAGUGAAAGUGCCAACCAGGUCUUUCUGGGUUUUACAUAUGUUGCUCCAUCUGUACUUGAAAGUGUGAAAGAAAAAUUUUCCUUUGAACCAAAAAUCCGAUCACCUCGAAGAUUUAUUGGCAGCCCGCGAACACCUGUCAGCCCAGUCAAAUUUUCUCCUGGGGAUUUCUGGGGAAGAGGUGCUUCAGCCAGCACAGCAAAUCCGCAGACACCUGUGGAAUAUCCAAUGGAAACAAGUGGAGUAGAGCAGAUGGAUGUGACGAUGAGUGGGGAAGCUUCAGCACCACUUCCCAUACGACAGCCGAACUCUGGGCCAUACAAAAAACAAGCUUUCCCCAUGAUCUCCAAACGACCAGAGCACCUACGUAUGAAUCUAUGACAGAGCAAUGAUUUUAAUGAAUUUAAGGCAAAAACAGGUGAGGAAGGGAUAUGUGAGCAUCCUGUAAAGUGAAACAAGAAAGCUCAAAAUGACAGUCUUGAAGAGUCAGUGUCAUUACAUUGAACACUUUGGACAGAGGAAAAAUAAACAUGGAUUUUAAAAAAAUCAAUCAAUGGUGCAAAAAAAAAAAACAAAAACGUAAGCAUAAUAGUAUUGUGGAACUCUUAGGCACAUCAAUUGAUUCCUAGCGACAUCUUCUCAACCUUAUCAAGGAUUUUCAUGUUGAUGGCUCAAAACUGACAGUAUUAAGGGUAGGAUGUUGCUUCUGAAUCACUGUUGAGUUCUGAUUGUGUCGAAGAAGGGUUAUCCUUUCAUUAGGCAAAGUAUGAAAUUGCCUGUAAUACUUGCAACUAAGGACAAAUUAGCAUGCAAGCUUGUUCAAACUUUUCCAGCAACAUGGAAUCAAAGACAAAAGAAACUUAACAGUUGAUGUUUUACGUGCAAACAACCUGAAUCUUUUUUUUAUAUAAAUAUAUAUUUUUCAAAUAGAUUUUUGAUUCAGCUCAUUAUGGAAAACAUCCCAACUUUAAAAUGCAAAAUUAUUGGUUGGUGUGAAGAAAGCCAGACAACUUCUGUUUCUUCUCUUGGUGAAACAAUAAAAAUGCAAAUGAAUCAUUGUUAACCACAGCUGUGGCUAUUUUGAGGGAUUGGGGUGGACAUGGGGUUUAUUUUCAGUAACCCAGCUGCAAUACCUGUCUGUAAUACUAG